AUGGUCGUGUACUACUGCUUUUCAACUCAACAGAUCACUGCGUAUAGUAAAAAUCACGAACUCGAACUUAAAGCUGAGAAAAUAAUUAAGCAAGCUGAAGACACAGUAAAACAAGCUAAAAUCUCUAUGCUUGAAAAUAAUCUACAGGCAAGUGAAUCUCAAGACUAUAAAGAGCUAAAAAAUGUUCUUGAGUUAACUGAACAUUUGUUAGACGAUGAAAAGUUGAGAGUAAAAGAGCUAGAAGAGGAGGCUACAAAGUGGAGACUUAAAUAUGAAGAAUUAUUAAAGGCUACUAGCGGUAAAGGCGAUGAA